ACAGCCGCUUGGUGAACAAGAUUAUUCAGGAGUCACAAACCAUGGACAGCUCCUGCUGAAAGGGGCUUGCUUCUUUGUCCUCUUGAUUCCUGUUUGGGGCUAUAGUCGGGAAGGUGAUUGCAAAAUACUCAGAGGUUGGCCUUUGUGGUUCUUCAACCAUGGAGUCCAUGGCUGUCCUUGACACUGUUGGGGUGGGAGACCUAGUGCUGCUGGACCCGCUGACAGAAGACGCGGUGAUGCGGAACCUGGAGAAACGUUUCCACCAAAAGGACAUCUAUACAUACAUUGGAAAUGUGGUGAUCUCAGUGAACCCAUAUGAGCCUCUGUCCAUUUACUCAGAAGAGAAGGUGGAAGAGUAUAGGAACUGUAACUUCUUUGCCGUAAAACCCCACAUAUAUGCCAUUGCGGAUGAUGCCUAUCGUUCAUUGAGAGAUCAAGACAAAGACCAAUGUGUUCUUAUCACCGGCGAGAGUGGGGCUGGUAAAACAGAGGCCAGCAAACUAGUGAUGUCAUAUGUGGCAGCUGUAUGUGGAAAAGGAGAGCAGGUGAAUCGUGUCAAGGAGCAGCUGCUGCAGUCCAACCCAGUACUGGAAGCCUUUGGGAAUGCAAAAACUAUUCGCAAUGACAACUCCUCGCGAUUUGGAAAAUAUAUGGAUAUUGAAUUUGACUUUAAGGGUGAUCCUUUGGGUGGAGUCAUCAGCAAUUACUUGCUAGAGAAAUCUCGAGUGGUGCAUCAUGAUAAGGGUGAAAGAAACUUCCACAUCUUCUAUCAGCUUCUGUCUGGAGGUUCUGACCAGCUGCUCAAACAACUAAAGCUGGAGCGAGAUUGUAGCCUGUAUGGCUACCUUAACAAGGAUGCCACAAGCCUGCAGGGUAUGCAUGAUGCAACAAACUUCAAAGCUGUUCAGGAUGCCAUGCGAGACAUUGGUUUCUCCCCAUCAGAAGUGAUGGCAGUGCUGGAAGUGACUGCUGUUGUUCUCAAACUGGGCAACGUGCAGCUGCGAGAGCAGUUUCAAGCCAGUGGGGCAGAGUCAUGUGGUAUCCAGGAUGACAAAGUGGUACGAGAGAUCUGUCAGCUGAUCCAGUUGGAUGAAUCUGUACUGGAGCACGCUUUAUGUUCUCGCACAGUCGAAACAAAUCAAGAGAAGGUGGUGACAACUCUGAGUGUCCCCCAAGGUUAUUAUGUGCGGGAUGCCCUAGCAAAGAACAUAUAUAACCGGUUGUUCAACUGGCUGAUUAACAGGAUUAAUGAGAGCAUCAAAGUAACAACAACUGAGCGCAAGAAAGUGAUGGGUGUUCUGGAUAUUUACGGCUUUGAAAUUUUUCAAGACAACAGUUUUGAGCAGUUUGUUAUCAAUUACUGUAAUGAAAAGCUCCAGCAAAUCUUCAUCCUGCUAACCCUGAAGGAGGAGCAAGAGGAGUACAUUCGCGAGGGGGUUACUUGGACUUCUGUGGACUUUUUUGAUAACAGCAUCAUCUGCAACUUGAUAGAAGAUAACACAGGUGGGAUUCUGGCCAUGUUGGAUGAGGAAUGCCUUCGUCCAGGGAAAGUGAAUGAAACUACCUUUCUCAACAAGCUCAAUGUCACAUUUAAGGAUAACCAACGCUAUGAGAGCAGAGUAACCCAGAAUGCCAAGCAUAUAAUGGACUCCAGCUUGCCUGCACACUGCUUUCGUAUUCACCACUAUGCUGGCAAGGUGACUUACAAUGUGGCUGGAUUCAUCGAGAAAAACAAUGACCUGCUCUUUAGGGACCUGUCACAGGCCAUGUGGAAGGCCAAGCAUGGGCUCUUGCGCAGCCUCUUCCCUGAAGGGGACCCUCAAAAACCCUCACACAAACGUCCACCUACGGCUGGUUCCCAGUUCAAAGCUUCUGUAAUGACCCUCAUGAAGAACCUCUACUCCAAGAACCCUAAUUAUAUAAGAUGCAUCCGGCCCAAUGACAUCCAAAAGCCUGCUAUAUUCACAGAUGCAUUGGUUCGGGCACAGGUACGCUACCUGGGCCUGUUGGAGAAUGUACGUGUUCGUCGAGCUGGCUAUGCCUAUCGGCAGGCCUAUGAGCCAUGUCUGGAGCGUUACAAGAUGCUAUGCAAGGAGACCUGGCCACAGUGGAAAGGAAGUGCAAGGAAUGGCGUUCAGACCCUUUUGAGCAGUUUGGCCAUCGAUCCUAAGGAACUGGCAUAUGGAUACAAAAAGAUCUUCAUACGAACACCACGUACACUUUUUGAUCUGGAGAGCAGACGACAACGGCGAGUUGGGGAGCUGGCAGCCCUGAUCCAAGCUACUUUCCGUGCAUGGAAAUGCCGCAAGCACUAUCUACAGAUGCGUAAGAGCCAAAUCGUUAUCUCUGCCUGGUUCCGGGGCCACGCGCAAAAGAAGAAGUAUGAAAAAAUGAAGGCAUCAGCUCUUCUUAUCCAAGCCCAUGUCCGAGGCUGGAAGUCUCGUAAGCUCCUACGGGAACUUAAGGAAAAGAAAUGCCAGAUUCAGGCUGCCACCACCAUUUCUGCUUACUGGAAAGGUUAUCAGACACGGAAGGAGUAUAAGAAAUAUUUCCGCUCUGGAGCAUCUUUGCGCAUCACCAAUUUUAUCUACCGAAGCCUGGUGCAAAAAUUUCUCCUGGGCCUAAAAAACAACCUCCCUUCCAUGAAAGCAACUGACCAGGCUUGGCCUCCUGCCCCUUAUAAAUUUUUCACUGACGCCAAUCAAGAGCUGAAGAAGAUCUUCCACCAUUGGAGGUGUAAGAAAUAUCGGGAUCAGCUGCCACCACAGAGAAAAGCACUCUUACAGGACAAACUGUGUGCCAGUGAACUUUUCCGAGGCAAGAAAAGUUUGUAUCAGAAGAGCCUCUCACAGCCUUUCAAAGGGGAAUACCUGGGUCUCAAGGAGAAUCCCAAAUAUCGUAAGCUCCAAAGCACAGCUGAUGGCAAGCUGGUUAUGGCUGACAAUGUGAAGAAAGUCAACCGAGGUGAUGGAAAGGCUUCUACUCGAAUUUUUAUUCUUACCAAAAGUCACAUCAUCCUAGCUGAUCCCAAGGCUGCACAGCCCAAAACAGUGAUCACCCUGAGUGACAUAGACAGCGUCUCUGUCACACGCUACUCAGAUGGGUGUUUUGUUCUGCACAUCAGAGAGUCUUCCACAGCAGGCACCAAAGGGGACUUCCUGCUUAUCAGUGACCAUCUGAUUGAACUGAUCACUCGACUACACCAGACCGUGUUGGACACUACAAAGCAGAAAUUGAAACUUCAAGUGGCUGAUGAGUUUGUGGUGAAGUUUAAACAAAGCAGCAUUGCUGUCAAGGCGGUGGAGACAGCCGUAAAGCAAGGCACAGGGCCAGUCUUUAGGAAGAAAGGCAACCGUAGACUGGAGGUGUUGGUUCAGUGAGGUGAAGCAGUCCAAAAGCAGCUGCCCUGGAUUUCUGGAGAACAUGGAGCUGAGAACCUGCGAUUUAUAUGUGAAUCAUUGCCAACUUCAAUUCCUCUUGGUUUUAACUCCUAUUAGAAUCUUUACUUCGGGUACAGCUAUCUGAAAUAUUUUCAGAAAUCAAUCAACAACACAUGUCAGUUUCUCUGCUGAGGACAGAAAUGACAACUUGGGCCUCAUAUUUUUAGCAAUGGCGUAUCCUGUGUAGAAGCCUUAAUUUGAGCACAUGUGGGAGAAAAAUGUAAUAAACCCCACAAGGGAAAUGAGA